UGUACCACUGUAUUUGAAUGAUGUAGCGAUAUGUUCGUGUGUCUUAAUGCACUUAAUCGAAGUUUCAACCUUUUGUGUUGUUAAAGUACUUUCCAUCAAACGGUGCCUUGGUUAAUGGACCUUGAAUUAUUAUUAAUUAAACAUAGCAGUACAAACUCUUCAUUGUAUGUCAAUAAGAAUACAGUGGGGGAUGAUUACCGCGACUUCCAUAAAAUUAUCAUAUAAAGUGUCUAGCAGAACAAUGAGUAAAUAUAUCAUAAAACACUACCAUCGUUGGAUUAACGUUCUACCUUGCUACUAGAAGUUUGCUUGUGUGGAUGUUACAUGUACAUUGACAGCGCAGAUAAUAAUUCGGCAAGAUGAAGUUUGAUGACGUAUUAGAAUAUCUUGGAGAAUUUGGUGUAUAUCAGAAACGAUUAUAUAUAUUGGCAUGUAUGCCGCCAUUAUUUACCGGUAUAUUUAUCAUUUCACCUGUAUUUACAAUGGAUAUACCCAACCACAGAUGUGCCGUGUCAUCUUUAUCGAAUGACACGUAUGCUAUACAAGGAUCGUGGCACGAAGACUUGAUUAACCAGUCUAUACCCAGUAUUAAUGAUGGUUGGUCUAAAUGUACUAUAUAUAAUUAUACUGAAGAAGGAUAUGAAAUAGAAGUUAAUUGUAAUAAAUGGGUUUAUGAUCGAUCACAGUAUCUAGAUACAUUUAUGUCACAGUUAAAUCUAGUUUGUGGAAAAGAAAUCUACCGAUCGCAUGCUAAUCUGGUCUUAUUUAUUGGAAAAUUAUUUGGAGCAAUUGGAAUGGGAAUAAUUUCAGACAAUAUUGGUAGAAGGAAGACACUAAUGAUGAGCCUCACACUCAUGACUGUAUCGGGGAUAACAACGGCCUUUUCUACGGAGUUAGUGAGCUUUCUUAUUGGGAGAUUUUUUGUUGGUAUCGGCUCAAUGAGUUGUUUUCUAAUAUCUUACGUUAUUGGAAUGGAAUUUGUUGGACCAUCAAAGAGAAAGCUAGCUAGUAAUGGGUUCAUGUUAUCCUGGGUAAUGGGGCUAUUUUUGCUCGGUUUAUUAGCCUACUUUAUACGAGACUGGAAGAAUCUAACACUGGUUACGUCUGUACCGAACAUCGUGUUUAUAUCGUAUUGGUGGUUAUUACCAGAAUCGCCAAGAUGGCUUCUAUCCAAAGGUAGAUAUAAAGAAGCAGAAGCAAUAAUACGAAAGGCAGCUAAGGUCAAUGGGGUGGAGCUUCCUGGAAGUCUUUUUGAUAAAUCAUCCCUUGAAUCACCUAAGAGUAUUCAAAUAUGGAAGAUAUGUACAACGCCUCAACUACUGAAAAUAUCACUCAUAGUUUUCUUCAACUGGUUUGUUGCAAGCAUGACUUAUUAUGGUUUAACAUUAAAUGUUUCAAAUCUAAGCGGCGAUACUUAUCUCAACUUUACAAUUUAUAACGUAGCAGAAAUGAUCGCCUAUAUUUUGUGUCUUCUACUAUUAGACAGAUUAGGAAGGAAGAUUUUACACUGUUCUUUUAUGUUAUUUGGGGGUAUAGCUUGCCUGAGUACCAUGUUUCCGGUUAUAUAUGGAGAUGAAUCUCACAUAUGGAUGACAUCAGCCUUAUCGAUGGUUGGAAAAUUGUCGAUAUCAGCAGCUUAUGCCACCAUAUAUAUCUUUAGUACAGAACUGUUUCCAACAGUUCUAAGAAACUCAGCUUUAGGAAGUAGUUCUACCUGUUCACAUUUUGGGGGAAUGUUAUCACCCUAUAUUGCUGAUCUAGGGAUAAUAAUCGGAGGAGAUUUGAAAACAGCGCUUCCGUUAAUAGUAUUUGGUUCAACAUGUGUAACAGCCGGUUUGCUGUCUCUACUUCUUCCAGAAACAUUAAACCAAAAGCUACCUGAAACUAUCGAAGAUACUAAAUCCCUUCAUAGGAAAGGUCAACGUAAAGGUGAAAUCGAGAUGCCAGAAAUCAACGAUAAUAAUGACGUAAUGGAAAAAUUCCUGACUGUCGACAAGACAGUAAAGGCGUGAAUAUUUGAAUAUUGUAUAUUUACAGUUCUCAGCAUUUAAUAAAUAAUAUUUGUAUUUUUAAA